UCAGGAUUUUGCCAUUAAAAAGAGGAGAACAUAAGUGUGCGUAGAUAUUUUCGUCCAACUAUCCAUUAAUUAAAAAAGAGUUUAAAAAUACCGGUGAGAAGAACAACGGCGAAAGAAAGACGAGGAUUUUGGGUGAAGAAGGAAGAGAUAUAGAUAAGCUCUUCUCUUGCGUUAAAGGUCUCAACUUGCGCAACCCAAACAGUUUAUCUCGUUACCUAAUGAAUCAGCUUCAACACGACGAGUUCAUUCAGUCCCCAAAUCCACCUUCAGAUCCGCGCCUGCCUUCUACCUCCGUUCGCUCCCAACCCAGUUCCAGCCAAAGACCUGAAGGGGAAACCAAGGAUGGCACAGUUGCAAGAAAGCUUCAGAAGGCUGACAGGGAGAAGUUGAGGCGGGAUCGAUUAAACGAGCACUUUAUCGAAUUGGGAAGUGUUUUAGAUCCUGAUAGACCAAAAAAUGACAAAGCAACUAUUUUAACCGACACAAUCCAAUUGCUGAAGGAUUUGACAUCGCAGGUUGACAAACUUAAAGCUGAAUAUACUAUGCUAAAUGAAGAAUCUCGAGAGUUGACACUGGAGAAAAAUGAUCUCAGAGAAGAGAAAACCUCUCUCAAAUCUGACAUUGAAAACCUUAACGUUCAGUGUCAGCAAAGAGUGAGAACAAUGUUUCCCUGGGCUGCUAUGGAUCAUUCAGUUGUCAUGGCACCAACUUCAUACCCAUAUCCAGUACCAAUGCCAAUGCCUCAAGGGCCCAUUCCCAUGCAUCCACAUAUGCAGCCAUAUCCGUAUUAUGGAAAUCAGAAUCCAGGCGUCAUUCCGAACCCCUGUUCAACUUUUGUUCCAUACAUAACUCCGACUACCCUGGUUGAGCAGCAGUCUCAACAAUAUGUAACUCCAAUUGUUCAACCAGUUAGUCGCUCCAAUGUUUCUGGCAAACAAGAUUCCAGAAAUAAGUCAUCUGGGGAAAGCAAAAUUGAAAAAAGUGAGGAUUCCAGUGAUGUUGCAACAAAUCUGGAGUUAAAGACUCCUGGAUCUGCAACAGAUCAGGAUUCAGGUCAAGGACAAUCUCAAAGAUAUGUGAGUAAGGAAAACAAAAUCACUGAAAGAAGUUCUUCAAGUAGAUGUUCUUCUUCUCGAAGUGUACAAGACAGCUCAUCUAAUAGCAUAGUUAGUAGCAGAAAGGCCAAUAACCGAAAAAAAGAUUGAAGGCAAAGAACACAACAAAAACAGGAAGGACAAAAGAGGUGGCCAAGGUCAAAAAUCUUAUCUCAUCGUCUCAACAGUAAUAACUGUUUCUUGGUAUGCACAGAGAGUGUUCUAAUGAAAGCUGCUGAUAAGGUUUGUUCAUGUGUCUUUCUCGUCUGUGCUUGCUUACAUCCAUUUGAUAAUAAGCCAAAGAAUACAGUUUAGAUCAAUUGAACAGAACCAAGUUUUCAUUAGAUGUUUGGUGUACCAAGUACAGUUUAAAGACAUCUAAACCUUCAUCUCUAACACCUUGUUCUUUAAUUAAUUAAUUGAAAUAAACCUUUUAAAAAAAAAAAAAAAAGAAGCUAAUAUUUUGACCAUAAAAAUGGUAUUUGAACUUUGACGAACAUGUGUACAAACAGGUCCACAAUCCACAUAAGCCAUUGACCACAUAUUUGGGUGAAGAUUCACACCACUCCAUCCACAUCCUUCCUACUCUGGUGUUUUUACCUUGUACCACCACGUGGCAGAAUGAGGAAGAUCCACACGAUUAUCUUGCCGGUAACUAGAACAACAAACGACGACGUUUUGUGUGAAAAUCAUAGAUCACCUUCUCGUAGAAGGACAGCGACACCUGCAACCGUGAGCGACUGGAUAUUAUUAUUUUGAGGAAAAACUUAAACUCCAAGCGCAUUUCCAACGCGUUAACAACACUUAUUAACAAAAGUGAAAUCACCCCCCUAAUUUGUGAUUAGUAAGAUUUUUACUUUUUAAUGUGGCCACUAAAUGGUUAUGGAUUCCAAAUUUUGGUUUAUGAGAAUUGAGCUAAAGUUGACGAUUUC